AUGGUCUCAUGGCUUCUUCUUGCCAUAUCCACGAUCUCGAUCUUCUCCGACGUUACUACGGCUUCAGCAUCAGACCAGUGUCUUGGCGUUGACCAAAGAUUGCUGUUGCUCGAGCUGAGAAACAGCCUCGUCUUCAACGCCUCUGAGUCUUCCAAGCUAGUACAAUGGGACCAAAGUGCCAAUUCAUGGAGCGGCGUGACGUGCGAGGAUGGUCUUGUGGUCGGUCUUGAUUUGAGUGAAGAGUCGAUCUCUGGCGGAAUCGACGAUUCGUCGAACCUCUUCAGGCUCGAGUUCCUUCGGAGCCUGAACUUGGCGUUCAAUGCCUUCUACACUGUGGCAAUUCUGUCGAGCCUUGCAAAUCUCAGCCGCUUGGCGCAUCUCAACUUGUCCAAUGCUGGAUUCGCUGGGCAAAUUCCUGUGGAGCUAUCGUGCCUGACGAAGCUACAUACUCUUGAUCUUAGUUGGGCUGGGCUGAAACUUGAGAAGCCCGAUAUGAGGUCACUGAUUGGGGAUUUGAGGGAGUUAAGGGAGCUGUACCUUGAUGGGGUCAAUAUGUUUGCUUGUGGAAAUGAAUGGUGCGACGUGUUGUCUUCUUCAGUGCCGAAACUUGAGGUGUUGAGCAUGUCUUCAUGUUCUCUGUCUGGUCCUAUCAAUGCUUCCCUUAUGAGUCUUGCUAAUUUGUUAGUCAUUCAACUCGAUGGCAAUAACUUGUCCGCCACAGUUCCUAGUUCCUUAUCGAAUUUCUCCAACUUGAAAACUUUGAGCCUAUGGGGAGCUGGCCUGCAUGGAGAAUUUCCUCAUGAAAUCUUCCAGGUUCAAACACUUCAAACCCUUGACCUAUCAUCCAACUCCCUCCAUGGUUCUUUGCCAGAAUUUUCGAAGAAUAAUUCUCUCCAAACAUUGGUUCUUAGUGACACUGACAUGUCUGGGAGGCUCCCGGAUUCGAUUGAUACAAUGAGGGUAACCUUGAAAGGUGUAAAGCUAGAAUUCGUUAAGAUCCUGACAAUGUUCAAGUUGAUCGACUUCUCGAGCAACGGAUUGGCGGGUCCAAUACCAGAUACACUAGGAGAUCUCAAAUUACUUCAUGUUCUCAACCUAUCACACAAUGCCCUCUCGGGUUCAAUUCCUCCUGUUUUGGGGAAUCUAGGUCAGCUUGAAUCGCUAGACCUGUCAAGGAAUUACCUCAAUGGAACCAAACUAGCUUAG